GACAUCGAAGGUGUCUGCAAACCAAUCACGAAACGGCGCGCGAUGGCCAGAUCGUUCUGUGCCCUCUUCAGAAAGCGGCUUCUGAGCCUCUUGCGGAGCUGGGAUCUCCUCGUAGCGUUUGGGCUUGUGCCACUCUUAUUGCUGGUGUUGUUCACGUGGAGUUCCGGAGAGGGGCAGACAAGCCGUCAGUUGGUGCAGAGCCAGAGCCAAGGCGGGACCGUCGACAUCGCAGUAAAUAUGGACGUCCAUUUCCCGGGAUCCACCGUGUUGGUUGGUGAGUCACCGGCCACAGACAUAAGUCGAAACCUGCGGGUACUCGUGGAAUCACAAGGCGGCCGCGUGCUCACCACCACAAAAGGCGUGCGGGAGGAGCUCCACGAAAUCAUCGAGCAAGACUUCUCAGAUUACAUCACCGAGUACGCCAUGAUCGUGGAAUUCAAACAGAAUGCCAUACGAAUGAUGGCCAACCCUACGAGCGCCGUCACACUUCCCAUCGUGGUCAACCUGGUGGACACGGCUCGGCUGCGAGCUCUGACGGCGCAGCCGACGGCGCUGAUCGACGUCACCAUCGCUUACCUGCCAUCGGGCGAUGUGCAAAAGCUUGUGGCCGUUUUUGUCUCACGCUUCAUCGCCUGGUUAGAGUGGAUGGUGUUCUUCGCCCUCACCUACUCGUUGGCCUUCGCCGCGUACUCCUCGUUCCCGGUGGCCGAGCGGCUGAGCGGAGCCCGAGACGUGCAGCUCAUGACGGGAAUCUCGGGGGCCGGGUUCAUCUUCGCCCACUUUGUCUUCGACUUCCUUCACCACGCCCUGUUCAGCAUGCUGUGGUGCGCCAUCCACUACGCUUUCAACUCCUACCCGUUGCGCUCGGCCGGUGCAGCGACUGUAAUAGCGAGAGCCAUUAUUUGGGGGCUGACAUUAUCAAACACCGUGGACUACGUGGCGAUUCUCUUUGGUCCUUAUGCGCUGCUGUCCAUGCUCGUCAAGGUGUGGAACGACAUAACCCAGAGCGAGCAGUGCAAGCUGCUGCAGCCAUUUGGUGCCCUUGACGAAAAGCAUGUGAAUGAGCUCUCGACGUUACUUACUGAACCUUGUUCUCCUCCGUCUCACAGCAUCUUCCUUGUAAACUUGAGGAAACUGGCUGCCCAAUGGUAG